UGUUUGUACUUGGUCUUCAAUGAUCAUCUUGUUGCUUGUUGCUGACGUCAGAGCCGCGCGGUUAAUUGGGCAGGUGAGGGUGCUGUCCGGGGUGCUGAAUCCUGAGCCCAAGCAGCCACAGCAGCUGCGGGUGCGUGUUUUGUGUGUCCUGGUGAGUUUGAAAGCUCCUGGCGACACGUGGAUUGAGUUAUUUUUUAAGGAAGGCUCGCUGUCAUGGAUCUGCUUCCAGCCCAGGAGGCUGCAAAAAUCUACCACACCAACUAUGUGAGAAACUCUCGAGCCAUCGGCGUCAUGUGGGCCGUGUUCACCAUCUGCUUCGUCAUCAUCACCGUCGUGGUCUUCAUCCAGCCCUACUGGAUCGGGGACAGCGUCGACACUCCGCAGGCCGGCUACUUCGGCCUCUUCCACUACUGCAUCGGAAACGCGCUCACCUCGGAGCUCAUCUGCAAGGGCAGCAUGCUGGACUUCGCCUCGAUCCCGUCACCGGCCUUCCGGACCGCCAUGUUCUUCGUGGGCACCGCCAUGCUGCUGAUCGUGGGCACGAUGGUCUGCUUCAGCCUGUUUUUGUUCUGCAACGCCGGGAACGUCUACAAGAUCUGCGCGUGGAUGCAGCUGGCCUCGGCGGCGUUGAUGGGGAUGGGCUGUAUGAUCUACCCGGACGGCUGGGACGCUCCAGAGGUGAAGAGGAUGUGUGGCCAGAAGACGGAUAAGUACAGCCUGGGGAACUGCACGGUGCGCUGGGCCUACAUUCUGGCCAUCAUCAGCAUCCUGGACGCCCUCCUCCUGGCGCUUCUGUCCUUCACCCUCGGCAACCGUCAGGACAAACUGCUUCCGGAUGAGUUCCAGGUGGAGGGCGGAGCAGAAAACCCCUGAUGGAACAUGGACUUCAGGAGCAAUGAAGACACGAAGAAAAACCGCCCUGAAGUGUCAUGUUUCAGGUCAAACUGCUCACCUGAGCAGUUUGUGCCCUUUGGUCAAUUGAAAUGUUGCAAUUCAUUAUUGAUUCAAAGCCCUAGCAAUAACAGCAGUUUUAAUUUUGUACUUCAUCUCAAACACUCAAUAAACCCACAGAAACAAGCUUGA